CUUUGUUUAUCUUGGGAUCAACUGUCAUUGCUUUGCGCAAAGGAAGAUUGUUUAUUUUUCCACUAUUGGACGUUUCCACAAUUUGCCGGCUCCAUCUAUUCGCAGGGAUAGUUCUUUUGUCCAAACAUGUCUAGUUCCGAUAGCAGUGAAGAUGAAUUAACCGAUCAACUACUGGCAGCGGUAGAUACUUCAUUUCUUAGCGAUAAGCUUUACAAAACACCGCCAAAAGUGGACGACACCGAGAAACGAGAUGCUGCUGUAAAAUCAACUCCUGCUCCACGCGCUUCAGCGACACAACCUGUCCAUCAAUCGAAUCGUUACCUUUCGGAAGAGGAUUCGUUUUUCCACAGCGAUCUCAACGUAACGUCUGCCGUACAAAAACAUGUAGCCGAAAAGUUAUCCAAGCUCAUCAAUUCAGUAAUAGAAUUUGACGAUUCCGAAUGUAAUCAAUCCUCAACACGAGUGGACAGAUCGAUCGAUGAGCCCGGUGUACGACUUUUGGCAGGAUUUGCGGAAGUUAUAGAUUUGAGUACAGAUGUAGAAGUGCGAGUGAAUUUGAAACCGAAACCAAUCGUACGGAAAAAGAUUGAUCGUGAGCAGGAAGUAACGGAUGCAGAGAAAAUCGCUUCUUCCGUUUGCGAUCCUAGUACUUUCCCGAAAGAGGUGCAGCAAUGGAAAGGCCCACGAAAGCGGUCCAUACAGUAUCAGUACAAGAAAGACAAAAUCGGUACUUUAAUCGAAAAGUCCACUCCAAAUGAGUUCACGAAAGCACGUAAUGCAAAUAUUUGGGAUGAAAGUAAGAUACGGAAGUUCAAAAGGUGUAACCCAAACGAAAAAAGAAACUAAAACGAAUUA